AUGCUACGACACUUUCCGAAAGCCUCGCGUGCUAUAAUUGCCAUAGUUAUCCUAUUUGUUAUAGCUGAGUCUUUGCUCAUUCUAACAGACGGGCCUACAGUGGUGUACUUUCCAGGUCACCACAGUGGUCAAGCAGACGUUGACGCAGUGGAUUGGUCUCAGUUUGCCUACACCCAAUAUGUCACCAACACAGCCUACCUCUGCAAUUCAGUGAUGAUAUUCGAAACGCUGCAUCGCUUGAACAGCAAGCCUGACCGAGUCAUGAUGUACCCAUCGGAAUUUUCGCUGGACGGAAAUGGCGCCGAGAGUCGACUGCUGCGCAAGGCGCGAGAUGUUUACAAUGUUAAACUGGUACCUAUCAAGGUUCAGAGUCGAGCCAGUGGGGAUGCUACAUGGGCAAAGAGUUAUACUAAACUCCUCGCCUUCAAUCAGACUCAAUAUCAUCGAGUUCUCAAUCUGGACUCGGACUCGACUAUACUACAGGGCAUGGAUGAAUUGUUUUUCUUGCCGCCAUGUCCGUUAGGAAUACCUCGAGCCUACUGGCUCAACCCUGAUGAACGUGUACAAAGCUCCCACUUAUUACUAAUUCAGCCUUCCCAUUUUGAGUUUGGUCGCAUCACAGCUGCUAUUGACAAUGCGAGUCGUUCCGAAUAUGACAUGGAAAUCGUGAACAACCUAUAUAAAGACAGUGCACUCAUUAUCCCUCAUCGUCCAUGGACGAUUCUGACAGGGGAGUUCCGUGGUCAAAUUCACACCAAAUACUUGGGCAAUGACCAAGAAGUCUGGAAUCCUGAUGAAGUUCUCAGUGAAGCUAAAUUCAUACAUUUUUCUGACUGGCCCGUCCCUAAGCCUUGGAUUAAAGCGCCUCAAAAAGUCAUGGAGCAAGAACAGCCUCGCUGUAGAUUCAAUGCGACAAGUGGACAUAAAGACGACUGUCGCGAUCGUGAUUAUUGGUUGGGAUUCUAUGCCGAUUUUGCUAAACGACGAGCAGAUGUCUGUGGCGAAGAUGCAUACCAAGACUUAUAG